AUGAGCGCGCCGCCGCCAUUUUGUCAACGCCGCCUAUGACAGCGGCGAGGAGGAGUGGGGGCAGAGGCGGCGUCCCAUCACUCGCUCCGCGUUCCCUCAGCUACAGCAGCCACCAUCGCCACAGCGAACAAGCAAGGCGUACACCUCCAUUGCGUUUGUUAGCGGCACGUACGAACGCCACCCGCGAUCCCUCCACCCCCGCUUUGCGAGAAACGGGGCCCGAGACCCGCGCGCAGACAUUGGGCGAAUAGCGAGCAAGUACGUACGAGUGUCCGUCCCCUCCAGGCACGCGUCCCCCUCCUCCCUGGCGCCAAGGAAGAGGAUGAACAACUGCGUCAAGCUCGAGCAGCAGCAGCAUGAGCAGCAGCAGCAGCUCAGCGAACCCGAGGAGAUGGAGAUGGAAGCAGGUGCAGAGGAAGCGCAGCACGAUGCUCCCACUCCCAUCGUCAAUGGUAAUGUAAUUCCGGAAGAUGGAAAUGGCAUCAAAGAUGCGGAGAUGGAGGAAGAUACAAGCUGGAGAUCCGAGGCCACGUUCCGGUUUACCGUGGAGCAGUUCGGCACGUUAUCAGACACGGUGCUGAGCUCGGCUUAUUAUGUGCGCAACCUGCCGUGGAAGAUCAUGGUGAUGCCACGUACCCACCAGGAGAGGCCAAACCAGAAGACUUUGGGCUUUUUCCUGCAGUGCAAUGCAGAAUCUGAGUCCACGUCAUGGUCUUGUAAUGCCCAAGCAGUGUUGAAGGUGAUCAACGUGAAAGAUGAAGAGAAGUCUUUUACCCGUAAAAUCAGCCACCUCUUUUUCCACAAAGAGAAUGACUGGGGUUACUCAAGCUUUAUCCCUUUUAAUGAUAUUGUAGAUCCAGAAAAGGGAUUUAUCGAAGACGACAAAGUCACCUUCGAGGUAGCUGUUCAAGCGGAUGCCCCCCACGGAGUGGCGUGGGACUCCAAGAAGUACACUGGCUACGUUGGGCUGAAGAACCAAGGCGCUACGUGUUAUAUGAACAGCCUGUUGCAAACUCUCUACUUCACAAACCAGCUGCGCAAGGCGGUCUAUCAGAUGCCGACCGAGGGUGACGAUUCCUCCAAGAGUGUCCCGCUGGCGCUACAGAGGGUCUUCUACGAGCUGCAGCACAGCGACAAGCCCGUGGGAACAAAGAAGCUAACCAAAUCUUUUGGUUGGGAGACUUUGGACAGCUUCAUGCAGCACGAUGUACAAGAACUCAGCCGAGUGCUGCUUGACAACGUAGAGAAUAAGAUGAAAGGGACGUGCGUGGAAGGUACCAUUCCGAAGCUUUUUGGAGGAAAGAUGGUGUCCUACAUUCAGUGCAAGCAUGUGGACUACCGCUCAGAAAGGAUUGAAGAUUACUAUGACAUCCAGCUGAGUAUAAAGGGCAAGAAAAACAUUUAUGAGUCGUUUAACGACUAUGUGGCUGUGGAGCAGCUGGACGGAGACAACAAAUACGACGCUGGGGAGCACGGCCUACAGGAGGCAGAGAAGGGUGUGAAGUUCCUGUCAUUUCCACCUGUGCUGCACCUGCAACUCAUGAGGUUCAUGUACGACCCACAGACCGACCAGAACAUAAAGAUCAAUGACCGGUUCGAGUUCCCCGAGAGGCUGAUCCUCGACGACUUCCUGCAGAAGUUGGACGCGGAGGACUCGGCCACUUACAUCCUGCACGCCGUGCUGGUGCACAGCGGGGACAACCACGGCGGUCACUACGUUGUCUACCUGAACCCCAUGGGGGACGGCAAGUGGUGUAAGUUUGAUGACGACGUCGUCUCGCGCUGCACCAAGAAGGAGGCCAUUGAGCACAACUACGGCGGGCUGGAUGACGACUUCUCCGUGCGGCACUGCACCAACGCCUACAUGCUGGUCUACAUUCGCGAGAGCAAGCUCGAGAUGCUGGAGCCAUCGUCACCAUCAGCCUUGGUCAGUCGACUGCUGGAUGAAGGCCUCCCCAAGCCGCCGCCAUCUCUCAUGAUCGUGCGAUACUACGUGCUGCAGAUGGUGAAGGAUACGGAUAUCCCCAUGCAGCUGGUGGACCGGCUGCAGGAGGAGAAGCGCGUGGAGGCUCAGAAGAGAAAGGAGCGGCAGGAAGCUCACCUGUACAUGCAGCUGCAGAUAGUGACCGAAGAUCAGUUCUGUGGACACCAGGGCAACGACAUGUACGAUGAGGAGAAGGUGAAGUACGCCAUCUUCAAGGUGCUCAAGAACUGCACGUUGUACGAGUUCAUGCAGACGCUCUCCCAGACGAUGGGAUAUUCGACGGAGCAGAUGAGGCUGUGGCCCAUGCAGGCGCGGCGCAAUGGCACCCGGCGGCCCGCCAUGCAGGACUACGAGACGGAGAACGGCCGUCACAUGAUCGAGCUGAGCGAGAACGAGAACCCGUGGACGAUCUUCCUGGAGACGGUGGAUGCGGAGACGGUGGCGACGGGCGGCGCCCUGCCCCCCUUCGACAAAGAUCUGCGAAAUCACGUUUCAGGGGACGUCAUGCUGUUCCUGAAGAUGUACGACCCCAAGACGAAGACCCUCAACUACUGCGGGCACAUCUACACGCCCAUCACGUGUAAAAUCAGAGAUCUGCUGCCAGUGAUGUGUGAGAGAGCUGGCUUCCCACAGGGAACGAAUCUUAUCCUCUAUGAGGAAGUUAAACCAAAUCUCACUGAGCGAAUUCAAGAGAUUGACUUUUGCCUGGACAAGGCACUGGACGAGCUCAUGGAUGGAGACAUCAUCGUGUUUCAGAAGGACGAUCCAGACAACACGAGCGAGCUCCCAACCGCCAGAGACUACUUCCACGACCUGUACCACCGUGUGGACGUCACCUUUUGCGACAAGACCAUCCCCAACGACCCCGGCUUUGUCGUCACACUCUCAAACAGGAUGACCUACUUCCAGGUGGCAAAGACGGUAGCGCAGAGGCUCAACACCGACCCCAUGCUGCUCCAGUUCUUCAAAUCGCAAGGCUACAGGGAUGGGCCUGGAAACCCGCUGCGACACACCUACGAGGGCACCCUGCGAGACCUGCUGCAGUACUUCAAGCCCAGGCAACCCAAGAAGCUCUAUUAUCAACAGCUUAAGAUGAAGAUAACGGACUUUGAAAACAAAAAGAAUUUCAAAUGCGUUUGGCUGAAAAGCAACUUUGUGGAAGAGGAGAUCACGCUCUACCCGGACAAGCACGGCUGUGUGCAAGACCUGCUAGAGGAGUGCAAGAAGACGGUCACCCUCUCGGAGACCAGCUCCGGCAAACUCAGGCUGCUGGAAAUCGUGAGCUACAAGAUCAUUGGCAUGCGCCAAGAGGAUGAACUCUUGGAAUGCAUCAACUCAGCGACCAGUCGCACCUACAGAAUAGAGGAGACUCCUGUGGACCAGGUGGACAUUGAGAAAGAGCGAGAGAUGCUGGUCCCAGUCGCCCACUUCCACAAGGAGGUCUUCGGCACCUUCGGGAUUCCUUUUCUGCUGCGAAUAUGCCAAGACGAACCUUUUAAAGAGGUGGCGAAGAGAGUUCAAACCAUUCUGGAUGUUCCUGACAAGGAGUUUGAAAAGUUCAAGUUCGCCGUGGUGAUGAUGGGUCGGCCGCAGUACAUCAAGGAGGAUGAAUACAUCGUCGACCUGAAGGACUUCGAGCCACAGCAAGGGAGCAUGGUGCAGACCAGGCCGUGGCUGGGCCUGGACCACUUCAACAAGGCCCCCAAGAGGAGUCGCUACCCCUACCUGGAGAAGGCCAUCAAGAUCCACAACUGAGGAGAGACGGGGAAAGGGGGUGGCAGUGGAGAGGGGUUGGCAGAGAGAGAGAGAAAGCUGACGUUGAUCAUCGCCGUCAUCGCAGUCUGCGUGAAGUUGCCCCAGAGCCGCCUCCCCUCGUUCUCCCACGCCACAGCACGGUUCCCUCCUGCACUGUCCCCACGUGCGCCUUCUCUCCGCCGUGCAGCCAACAACCAGCAGCUUUCACACACCGGUGUACACAUUUGACAGCUGGACUGGAUGUGAAUUUAACUCUUGCAAAUGUAUAGGACCUUGCCUGCGCAUUCAAGGAAUGUUUUUUUUGUUUAAUGAAACGAAUUUGGAUGGUGUUGAAUCUGUGUCCUCAUGCUCAAUCCCCCAGUAUACAUCGGUUUAGAUUCAUUGGGUUUUUUUGUUCAUUUUUUCCAGAUGGUUGCAAGGCCAUCUGUAAUAGUAUUUAAAGUGUCCUUGUCUCGUUGAAAUGUGUUUCUUUUUUGACACAUUGUUGCUUGCGGUUCGCCGGACCCUCCAAAGGACAGAGUUUUUGUGCACCUGUACCACCGGCGUGCUCGUUGGCACCACCACGGGGUACCGACCGACGUUGCGUUCCCAGGUGUAGCCCCGUCCCCCUGCCCCCCCCGGUGCCGUGCGAUGAUUUACCAAUCCCCGUUUAUCGUCCCUGCUUAUCUGCGACACAACCGAAAGGGAAGACCUUAACCGGAGAAGCAGGGGAGGGGGGGGGGACACGACCGUCGAUUGCGACGUCGCUUUAACAGGCUUUUUUUUUUGUUUCAUGAAUGUUUAAAGAUUAGCACAGAGUGUGUACCUUGAGAUUGCAGUGCACGUGUUUUGAGCAGGUUUGAAAAUCUCAAUAGCCUCUCUGAAGAGGUGCAUUUUACAUGGGCUCCCGACCCUGCUUUUAGUAUGUGAUGUAUAGAGCACUACCGCAUGGCAUAGCCUUUGGCUGUACAUAAAAAAAAGUUCCUUCACCCCGUUUUGUGUGGAAGAGAGUGAGAGUGGGUGGUUUUGUACCCUGUUUUGAACUGCUGGAGUGGAACCGCAUGAUUGAGUCUGCAAGGCUGUUCGGCCCAGGUCUGUAAAAUACCACUUGUGUCCAAAAUUUAAUGAUAAAUUUGGCAUUUUUUUGCCCAACUGGUUUUGAAUAACAAUGUUCCAUGUGACAAUGACAUGUAGAGCCGACAACUUUGGGUGCCAGAACAUCUCUUAGAGACAAGAUCAAAGGUAUGUAUAAUAAUGGAGCAAAAGGUGUUCUUCAGUAAAUGCUCAUGGGAUUCCUGCUGCACUCUUGUGUAAUGCGAGUGUGAAUUGCAUCUCUCGUGUACAGUGUAAGUUGUAAAAAAAAAAUUCUGUCCUUUCAAAUCUAACAGUUCCCACGUGUGUGGUGUGAGGGGAGGGGAGAGAGGUUCACAAGUGUACAGGAAGGUAGGAUGGGCGGGCGGGCGGCACGAUGGGUAGAGACCGAGAGCGGAGCGUUUCCGUGGACGAUGGAUCGUCAAGAGGAGCACCCCGACGUGGAUCGAGGAGGAGGAGGGCUAGGAAUGUGCUAAAUGGUAUUGGUGGUGAGGGGGGGGGCAACCGCUCGCGUUAUGUUGGAUCGCGCGAACGAUCGCCGCGUGUGAUUACGUUUACCCCCCCCCGUUGCGUUUUUGUAUGGGUGUCGGUGCCACUUUAGCGUAGCGUGUUUUUCGCAAGCCACACAAAAGAUGCACAUCACCUGAAGUGUUAUCUUGCAACUUUCUCACGGUCCUUAGAAAUGCUUGACAUCUCCAAUACGCAUCCUAUAUUGAGUUUAAAUAAUAAAAUAUUUUAUCUUUUUUUUUCCACCUCUGUUCACCUUUUGACCUGGCCCAACUAAUGUAACUUUUGUGCGUUGUUAACAAGAGGAUUGCGAAGACCUGCCGAACCUAACCGUUGCAUCCCUGCGGUACUUGCUGUUUGCGUUACCGAAAGCCUCGCUCCCUUCCCCUCCCUCCCUCAUCCACCGCCCCUCCAGUUUUGCGCCACAGCCACAUGAAGCUAAAGUGUAGACAUUUCAUUAAAAAAAAACUGGUUAAAAUGCCAAAAAAAAGUUUUAGGGAGGGAAAAGACAAAAAAUUCGCAGCCGUCAUUGGCAACAUUUUAAGAAGUGUAGUCUUGAGUUUCACACCAUGUUCUUAGUUUUAACGCUUUUGAGACAAGUGGCAGGGCAGAUGUAAGUUUUGGAGCGAUGGAGCUGACCAAUAAAAUAAUUACUUUGCUGCAACUCUUGUUUUCUCUCUCGUGGGAUAAUGUACGGCGACUCCUGUUUACUCGGUUGCAUUUUUUCCAGCUGGAAAAAAAAGUCGUGUGUUUGUGGAAGACGGCAGAUUUUUCUAAUAAAAUUAGUAUAAUGUUAAGAAUGAUUUUUUUUGUUUUCCUUAACUGUAAAUACAGUUCCAGUCUAUUGUGCAGUAUGUCCGUUAUUAGGUUGCUCCGUGUUGUUGCGGGCAGCAUGUUGCUGCUGCUGCUGUGUAAUACAACAUGCAGUCUGUCGGCAAGGUUGCUAGAAACUGCAACAAAUAAAGUGAAGAAAUGAG